AUGGCGUCCAAGCAAGUAGCACGCGCCUCAACAAGUUCGUCGUCGUUCCUGAUCCGACAUGCUGUCUACGUGCCUCUCGGCAUCGCCACCGUCUAUGUGACCUUUUUCGUCGCACUGCUGACACCCCUGUUUCAACGCCACUUUAUCUUCCUGCACGCAAUCCAGUUCCCCUUUUUUCCGUCGUACGAUAAACCGGCAAAUUACGGGUUGGCACCAUUCAAGACGCGUGCAUUGAAACUGUCAACGAACGACGGCGAGACCAUUGGAGCAUGGCACGUGUUGCCCGAGGUAUACUACCAGCGGCUCGCAUCUUUGGACGUGUCGGAAUGGCGUCAAGAGGUGUACCAACAGGCGAUGGUCGAGUAUCCGACGAUCCUAUACCUGCAUGGGAAUUCGAUGAACCGAGCGGCUCCAUUCCGGAUCGGCGCGUAUCAGACACUGACAGGUCGGAUCGAUGCGAAUGUGGUCGCGAUUGACUAUCGAGGCUUUGGCGAUAGCACGGGUACUCCAAGUGAGCAAGGGCUGGUCGAGGAUGCCGAGUCGGCGUAUCGCUGGAUCCGGCAUGAGCAGCGUGGAGCAGCACAGAGCGUCGUCGUGUUCGGUCAGAGUCUGGGGACCGGAAUCGGAGCACUGCUAGCGACCAAGUUGGAGCGUCAACGACAGAGUGUCGACGGCCUAGUGCUCAUGGCCGCGUACACAGACAUCAAGUCGCUCGUCAAAGACUUCAGCCUCGCUGGACUCGUCCCGCUCCUAAGACCAAUCGCAUGGAUCCCAUUCAAUAAUCUUAUCCUCGACAGAUUCCUCAAAACCCACCUGAGCACCAUCACCACCCUCCCGCACCUCUUAAACGCCUCUUCGACCCAUCAUACCUCCAUCGUGCUACUACACGCCCGUGACGAUCCCGUCAUCCCCAUCACCCACUCCCACCGUCUCUUUCGAACCAUGCUCCGUGCCAGUGCCACGCCUGCCAACGAAAACAUCACUCUACACUCGCGCACCAUCCCAGACUACGCCUACAUCCAACACUUCCAUCUCAGCGCACAGCAAACAGUCACAUUCAUCCAAACCCACUUUGGCGGACACAACCACUUGACCGAAGGCGCACUUGACCUUGUCCGACUAGCCCUGCGAUUACCAUCGCACCUCACCACGCCUGAAUAG